AUGGUGGACGUGAAAUGUCUGAGUGACUAUGAAUUACAGAAUGAACUUAAUAAGCUUGGAUUUUCACCUGGCCCGAUUCUAUGUAUGGGCAUUAUCGUUUUGAAAGGAAAUAUCAUACUCUCAUCAGAAAAAAAGAAGGGACCCCAAAAAGCGCUGAGAUCUGGCUCCUACCCUCGCCGCCCUAUUGGAGCUCUUGGCCAAGUGUGUGAGAUGAACAGGUGGGCCUCAGGAGCACCAUACCCCAGAUUCAGAGAAUGGAAUAACACCAAAGAGAAGGCCGACUGCACAGUAAACGGGAGUGCUGGGAGCAGGAACCUAGAACGGUUUCCAGUGGGCUUGACGCUUGCAGUGUUUGGCAUCUUCAUCAUUGUGGUAUUUGUCUACAUAACCGUGGAAAAGAAGCCGCUCUUUGGUUAA